ACUCAAUAGGAGGAGGAGUGAAAUGAGCAAAGGCUGAACCUUUACAGUUCAGUCUCAGCUGGACUUUAAACCUCAUUCACAGUUGAAGUGAUUUAAGUAAGGCAGAGAUAUGUGUUUAAAUGUGGGUUUUAUCUCACUUUGCACAGAUAAGUCGAGGACUGGUGUCUAUCAUUUUAAGGUGAACCUGAGGAUAAAGUCCAACUCUAGCUGGGCACGGGCACUGCAAUUCAGUCUCUCAAUCCGAACUCAGCUGUCGGCCGUUGUGUUUGUGUUUCUGCUGCUUGUCAUUCGAUCAGAGGAGACAAAUACAGAGUGGGAGACGAUUCUGGUACAGACAACACAUUUCUACACUGUGUUUCAGGACACGGGUGGCUCUACUUAAUAAAAAGUAAAGGAUGAAGUAUUUGAGAUGCCUGUCGCCAGCAGUGGUUUUGCUGCUGCUUAGUGUGACUGGACUUGACAUGGAGCAUCUCCAAGCUGAAAACCUAAAUCUCCUUUCACCAGAUGAGCAUAAAUUGGUCAUGAACCGUGGAAUGAGAGUGCUGCCCAGAGACUGCUAUGAAAUGCUGAUGGCCUCUUCAGGCCAGGCCAGAGACGGAGUGUACCUGAUCCAACCAGGGGACUCCCCCAUUGUGGCCUACUGUGCCAUGCAGGAGGGAGGCUGGACUGUGGUGCAGCACAUUACUGUGAAUAGCAGUGUGAAUUUUGAUCGCACUUGGGCUGAAUAUAAGAAAGGCUUUGGUUUUAUCACUGGAGAUCAUUGGCUUGGGAAUGACUACCUUCAUCAGCUUACCCGUGGGCCUGCACGCUAUAAACUAGGAAUAAAACUUGUGGACCAAGAUGCCGUUACAAAGAUGGGAGAGUAUGAUCCAUUCCUGGUGGAGGAUGAAGCAUCAGCUUAUAGACUGAGACUGGGGUUGUUUGAGGGAACGACCGUAGACGCUCUGACGCUGGAUACAGAGAACUAUCUCCAUGACAACCAGAAAUUCACCACUAAAGACAGAGACAAUGAUAACUACUUCCAGAACUGUGCCAAACUGGAGUUUCAAGGGGUGCCGGGAGGAGGCUGGUGGUACGACGCCUGCGCCGGCGCCAAUCUGAAUCGCAGAAAUGUCAUCUACUGGCGAAAAGACUGCAACAAGGAGCGGCUGUGCAAGUAUGCAUGGAUGAUGGUGAGACCUUCUGACACAGUGAAACUGAUUCAGAGUGGAGACUGCAAGAAGGAUGAGCUAUAAGGACGUCAUUCCCAGGAUUUGUGCCAGAUUUGAGUUUUUGUCAUUAAACACAACAAUGGGUGAUAUCAGGGAUUUUCUUGUAGUGACUACUGGACCUUCUAUUGACCACAUUUUAUUGAAAAAUGCAUGGACAUGAUCACAAAAUACUGAAAAGAAACAAAAACGCAUCACAAACUUGAAAUACAGUAAAAAGUCGCAGUACAGAUUUAGCUCUAGCUUUGUUUCCAUCACACACCAAGUCAGUAUACUUGAAGCAAAGCAUGUUUUUUAGUUUUGUUUUUUUCUUUCUGAUAAUUGCAAGUGCAGACUCCUGGUUUAUCACAGUUACCAAGAAGUGUUUCAUGGCAUUAUAGCUUAUGACAGAUAAAAGAAAUAAAAUAGCCUGUCCAUUCAGUGGGUACACAAAGGAGCAGCGCACCAACACAUUUUCCACAGUACAUUACAAGUUUGCCAGAAAUACAGUGAUAUUGAUUUAGCCACAGUAAAACAUACUGUAGUUCAAUGCUUAAUGAAAAAGAAAAUAUCCUGAGAAUAAAAUGUAAUAAAGAGAAUUCAUAAACAGUGUGAGCUGUUAAAUCCUCCACAAAACCUCCAAUGUAAACACUGACAUUAUCAACAAGUUAGUUAUUCCCAAUCGGUAAACUCAAGUGAUCCAUUAAUGCCUUUUACGCAUGAUUCCUAUAACCGUAUUUUGCACUGGGAUUUCGCACGACAUGAAAAUCAUAGCAAGUGAUGACAAAACAAUGAAGCUGACUCUCUACACAUUUAUUCAUUGGACAAAUUACAGUGGCACAGCAAGAGUCCAACAUCACGAUGAAGCAUAUUAGCCCUUUUAAAAAAAAACAACGACAGCCAUUUGGAAAUACGCCUCAUCAGUACAAGCACAAUACUUUAAGAAUUUAAGAGCUCUGUGUGUCUUGUGACAUUUUGGGUAUGAGUGCAUCAGCUUGACUUUUUAGACUGGAGCAACUUCACGAUGGUCUCCAUAUAUCAAAGUGUGCUGCUGUGUAAAUCAAUGGCGUAAAUGUGCUUCAACUUGGAGAAAAAUACUGGUUUGUUUUGUAUAUUUUUGACCCUACAUACAGUGUACAAAAUAUAUAAUAUUCUUCCAGCAGCAAUUACCAUACACUAUAGCAGACCUACUGAUUAAUGAGCAGCACUAUAAGAUGUACUAGGCUCUGGAUAUCUUUUGAUAUCACCUAAUACGUAUGCACAAGUUCAUAAAGCCAAAGUUAUUGGUGCAAACAUGUGAUUUACAGCCACUGUCUCACAACUUCUUCAUGUCAUUUUAGAGCUGACCACGGGGUUUUGUCCAUACCAGUAUAGUUUCUCUUCGAUCCUUUUCUUUUUCCACUGGCAGAGUAAGAGCAUGCGGAAGGUCUUUUGGAAAGUCUUGUUGCAAAGGGCGUAGCACAUGGGAUUGACGGUGCUGUUGACGUAGCACAGCCAGUAGCCCAGGUGCCAGAGGGAGACGGGGAUGCAUUGAGAGCAGAAGGUAGAAAUCAGCACCAUGAUGUUAUAAGGAGUCCAUGUUAAGAUGAAGGCCAGCAGGAUGGCGCUGAGAGUUUGAGCUGCCUUUCUCUCCUUGAUCAGCACCAUCCUUUUUCUCUUGGUGAUCUGGCUUUUCAGCGUUGUGUCUAUGGGCUUGGACAUGGUGGAGGUGGAUGGAACGCUCAUGGACUCGGCCGAGGAGAAUGUUGGCGACGUGAUUUUCGUGUCUCCGUUUCUGCUUUGGUGCUCUGUGUGACUUUCCUUGGUCACUGGUUUAAACUUGUAGGACACGCACUUGCUGCUCUUCUGGGAGUUGCUUUUGGGUGGCGUCUGAAAGAAACUCUCUUCAUCGUAGCUGCUGAGCUGCUCGCUCUCGCUGCAUACUCCACUCUUGGUGGCCUUGCAAGCCUGGUUCCCGAAGGAGGUCUGGAAGCCUCCUGGAGACACUGGCCUGUCCUCGUCCUCGGAGGAGGCGUAGCUGUUAAAGGUGGUCAGCUGACCAGCUUUGGACCACUCAUCGCUGGUGGUGGCUGCUGAUUUGACUGCGUUGCUCCUGGUGGAGGAGGACCACGAGGCCUGGUUCCUGUCUUGUGAUGCUGAGCUUAGUUUACAGCUAAAACAAGAUCUGAUGAUGGUUUUCUGAGGCUGAGCCACCCCAGACUCUGUAGAACAGUUAAUCCCUUGAAGCUCUGCAAGAUCUUUGGUCCUCUUUUCUGUCUCCUUGUAGAUUCUGCAGUAGAGGAUUGUCAUGACAGAUACAGGGACGUAAAAGGCUGCAAUAGCUGUCCCAAAAGUAAUUACAGGCUCAGAGAAAAACUGGAUUUGGCAUUGCCUCUCGGGUACAGUCCUCUUUCCAACAAAGUACUGCCAGCAGAGAAUAGGCGGGGCCCACAGAACAAGUGACACUAGCCAUGCUAAACCUAUCAUGAUCCCAGCUCGUUUAGGAGUCCGUUUGGCCCUGUAAGUUAGAGGCCUGGUGAUGGAGAAAUAUCUGUCAAAACUGAUCACCAGCAGGUUCAUGACUGAGGCAUUGCUAGCUACGUAGUCCAAUGCCAACCACAAGUCACAGGCGAGGUUUCCCAAGGCCCAGUAACCCAUCAGUAUAUAAGAGGUGUAUAGAUUCAUGGAGAAAACACCUAUGAUGAGGUCUGC